CCGUCACACAACCACUUGUACGCUGAAGCCUGCACGUCAUGAACCUAAGAGCGCUCACUCUACUCUCGCUUGCAAGCUUAGCCCUUGCACUUCCCGAGCUUGGAGGCCAUGACUUUCGCGCCCCGGGGCCCUUUGAUAGCCGAUCCCCCUGUCCCGGCCUAAAUGCACUCGCCAAUCACGGCUAUCUCCCGCGCGAUGGCAAGAACAUCGACUACGAAAUGAUCAACCAAGCUGCCCAGGACGCAUACAACUUUGAGUCGGGCUUCUACGUUGACGCGGUCAACAUGGUUUUCCUGUUCAACAUCUCCACCACCACCCGCCCGAACGAGACCUUCCACCUCUUCGAUCUCGCCCGGCACGACACGAUCGAGGCGGACGGGUCGCUCACCCGCAAUGACAUCUACUUCGGAGACGACGUCCACUUCGAUGCCACCGUUUGGGCGCCUGUCGCGCGGGAUCUCGGGUUGGACCAUCGCGACCGGCCUGCGGACCGGUUCGUGACAGUCGAGACCGCAGCGAGCGCUACCAGGAACCGCUAUGCGCUGGCCAAGCAUGUGAACCCGCAGUUCAACGCCUCUAUGCUUCAGCAGCAGUUCGAGUAUGGGACGACCGCGCUCUAUCUGCUCACGCUCUGGGAUGAUGAUCAGAAUGCUGCGCCGAAGGCUUGGGUGAAGGCUUUGAUGGGGGAGGAUCGCAUUCCGUUUCAAGAAGGAUUUACGAGACCGAAAGUGGUGAAGACUAGUGAGCGGAUCCAGAACAUGACCGUUGCAGUACGAGCAGCAGCGGGGGCGGGAUCAUGA